AUGAGACCCGCCCCUCCUCGCGGGUUUGCAUGCUUGCCCGUUCAGAGGGCCGCUACUUUUUCGAGCACAGAAUCAUUCUCAUCCACAUACGCUCUUCUCGCCUCCGCCGUGUUGCGCGCCAACCAUGGCCGCAUCACCACAGUUCCCAAGGGCAGCUUUGCCCUCAUGACCCAGCAGCGGCGGCGCAUUCACUCCUCGGAGCGCAAGUCCUCCACCGUCGCUGAGCUUCCAGGUGCCGUUCCUCCUCCUGCCAACUUGGAACCAGGCCGCGCACCACUCUCAGUCCUGCCCUUGAGCAUGAUCAUCCGCUCCUUGGCCACGACUGUCGUAUCUUCUUCCCCUUUGCUUCUCCCGCCCUCGCUGCAGAUUAUGACUCUGCUGGCACACAGCACCAACCCCAUUCUUAACCCCGACAGAAACCCCGUUCUUCGGUACCUGCUCAAGAAAUCAUUCUAUGCCCAGUUCUGUGCUGGCGAGAACCCUGCUGAAGUGCAGACCACCAUUAACAGUUUGAAGAACAUUGGUUUUACUGGCGUGAUUCUGGGAUAUGCUCGCGAGGUCGUCUUGACGGAGAAACAAGCGGAGGAGGUCGAAUUGGCCGCGGGCCAGGAGACCCAAAAGGUCAUCGAUAACGAAAUUGUCCCUUGGGCUGAGGGCACUCUCGAGACUGUUCGGUUGGCGCAACCUGGAGACUUUGUGGCUCUCAAAUUCACUGGCGCUGGCAGCCUUGCUCUUCAUGAACUCAAGCACCGCCUCCCUGCUAGCCCCUACCUGUACAAGUCGAUUGACUCCAUCUGCCAGCUUGCUCACGAGCGCGGUGUGCGUCUUCUGUUCGAUGCUGAACAGGAUGCCCUGCAGGAUGGUAUUGACGACUGGACCAUGGAAUUCUCCAAGAAGUACAACACAUCUCCCGAGACUGCCACCAUCUAUGGAACGUACCAAGCGUACAAGAAGAAGACCCCUGCCGUACUGGAGCGCCACCUCGCCAUGGCCCAGGAGGGCGACUUUUCACUUGGUGUCAAGCUUGUUCGUGGAGCAUACCUCGGAUCCGAUCCUCGAGAAUGCUUCUUCGAAACCAAAGAGGGAACCGACGCGUGUUACGACGGCAUUGCUGCCAGUGUUCUGACCCGUCAGUGGAACGCUACUCUUGAGGGCAACGGCGAAUAUCCUGCGGCCCAUAUUGUCCUUGCUACCCACAACGCCGAGUCAGUUCAGAAGGCCCGCGCCAUCUGCGAUGCUGGCGGUGCCAAAUCCGAUAUCGCAUUCGCCCAGCUUCAAGGCAUGGCCGACGAAAUUAGCUGCGAGCUGGUUGAGGCCAGCCAAUCUGCACGAGCCGACGCCGCCGUCGCAGCCCCCAAGUUGCCUGCAUACAAGUAUCUCGUCUGGGGUACGACCGGCGAGUGCAUGAAAUACCUGCUUCGACGCGCACACGAGAACAAGGACGCCGUCCAGCGUACCAAGAGCGGUCGUGACGCCAUGUGGGCUGAAUUCGUCCGCCGCGUCAAGAACACCUUCCGCCUUGCAUAG